CGCCCCCGAGGGCGCCGGGCGCGGCGAGAGGAUGCCGAAGCCGACGCUGCUGCUGCGCGGGGGCUGGGAGCGUGAGCGCAGCCCCGGGGACUCGGAGCUGGGCCGCCAGUUCCGGGACUGGUGCCUGCGCACCUACGGCGACUCGGCCAAAACCAAGACUGUGACACGCAGCAAAUACCAGCGGAUAGCCGAGGUCCUGCAGGGCGGCGGCGGGACCGGCGCGGGCAGCGGCCCGGCGGCCGGCGAGAAAGGCAAGUUCCAGUUCUGGGUGCGCUCCAAGGGCUUCCGCCUGGGCAGCGGCCGGGAACCCAAGAUGGGCCAAGUGGUGUAUGUGCCGGUCAAGACGGGCUCGGGGGCAGAUGGCCUGUCGGAGCCCGAGGGCAUCUCUCUGAAGCGGGUUGCUGUGGUGGAAGAUUUCUUUGACAUCAUCUACUCGAUGCACGUGGAGAGCUCCGCAGAGCCAGGCAAAGCCCCCAAGCACGCUGGGCAGAAGAAAACCUACCGAGCGAUCGCGGAGACCUACGCCUUCCUCCCCAGAGAGGCUGUGACUCGGUUCCUCAUGAGCUGCACGGAAUGUCAGAAGAGGAUGCACUUUAACUCCAGCGGCCCGGAGCCCAAAGAGAACGAGCCUCCAUCCCCUCUGGUGUCUGGCAUUAUUGACUACAACAUGCCCCUCACCUCCACCUACUUGAAGCAGAUGAAGCUGCGAGUGAUGAACUCUCAGGAGCAGGAUGAAACCUCUGUGAGCAGUGAGGAUUUUGAUAUGAAUGACUCCACAUGGAUGUCAGCUGACCCCCACCUGGCCUCCAGCCUGAGCCCCAGCCAGGAGGAGAGGAUGCGGAGCCCGCAAAACCUCCAUAGCCAAGAGGACGACGACUCCUCCUCUGAGAGCGGCAGCGGCAAUGGCUCUUCUACCCUGAACCCAUCCACUUCGAGCAGCACACAGGGUGAUCCUGCCUUCCCUGAGAUGAAUGGCAACGGUACUGCAGCCCCCAUGGACUUCACUGCCACUGCUGAGGAUCAGCCGAUCAACUUGUGUGAUAAGCUCCCACCAGGCACAGCGCUGGGCACACCGUCCUACCCCUCAGAUGGCUGUGGCACUGACGGGCUGCGGAGCCGUGUCAAGUAUGGGGUAAAGAGCACUCCUGAGUCUCCCCCCUACAGCUCUGGGAGCUAUGAUUCCAUCAAGACUGAGGUCAGUGGCUGUCCUGAGGACCUAACAGUGGGCCGGGCCCCCACAGCAGAUGAUGACGAUGAUGAUCAUGAUGACCAUGAGGACAAUGACAAGAUGAAUGACUCAGAGGGCAUGGACCCUGAGCGGCUCAAGGCCUUCAAUAUGUUUGUGCGGCUGUUUGUGGAUGAGAACCUGGACCGCAUGGUGCCCAUCUCCAAGCAGCCCAAGGAGAAGAUCCAGGCCAUCAUUGAGUCAUGCAGCCGGCAGUUCCCUGAGUUCCAGGAGCGGGCCCGCAAGCGCAUUCGCACAUACCUCAAGUCCUGUCGUCGCAUGAAGAAGAAUGGCAUGGAGAUGACCAGACCCACUCCUCCCCACCUGACCUCAGCCAUGGCAGAAAACAUCCUAGCAGCUGCCUGUGAGAGUGAGACGAGAAAAGCAGCUAAAAGGAUGCGCCUGGAGAUCUACCAGUCCUCACAAGACGAACCCAUAGCCUUGGAUAAGCAACACUCUCGGGACUCCACAGCCAUCACCCAUUCCACCUACUCACUGCCAGCCUCUGCCUACUCCCAGGACCCUGUGUAUGUCAAUGGUGGCCUCAACUACAGCUACCGUAGCUAUGGGUCCUUGAGCAGCAACCUGCAGCCCUCUGCUUCCCUCCAGACAGGAAAUCACAGUAAUGGGCCCACAGACCUCAGCAUGAAAGGUGGGGCCUCUACACCCACCCCUCCCACACCCACCCCUCCCAGCAACAGCACCAGCAGGACCAUGCCCACGGCUCAGCUCAGCCCCACAGAGAUCAGCGCUGUGCGGCAGCUCAUUGCCGGCUACCGAGAGUCUGCAGCCUUCCUGCUGCGUUCUGCGGAUGAACUGGAAAACCUCAUUUUACAGCAGAACUGACCCCACUGGCCCCAGAAUGCACGACACCAGGGAAGGAGGCUGUCCCAGCUUGGACCCAGCUUCCUGCCUCACCAGUUGGUACAUUUUCUGAAAGAGGUGGGAUCCAAAAGAGCUGUUUCUAGCCACAGUCCGAGCAUCUGAGACUUUGGGCACAAGGACACUUUUUUUUUUCCUUUUCCUUUUUUUUUGUUUUUUGUUUUUUUAAUUUCACCACACGGGUGCUCUGACCUGCUUGGAAAGAGGCCAAUGGGGCAGCUCUAGAAGGAUUGGGCUCCCCUGACAAGGCACAGGGGCUGCAGCUCUACUUAGAAUUCACCUUCAUGGACCCUGAUGUUAGAACCCCCAUCCCAAUUAUUACCUUUGAAGUCUUAGGUGAGCAGAAUUGCAUAUUUAUUGAGAAGAGCAAACGUGGACCCUUUCUUCCUCUCCCCUUAGUAAUUUAUUUUUCUGAAAUGGAUUCUUUUGUGUUUGUACAGAUUGCCAGUCUGUGUCUGUCUGAUCAGAAGGAUGUAUCCCUGUACCUAACAUUCCAUAUCACUACACUGACGUGGGCUGGAGGCCAGCAGAGUUAGGCACCAGCUCGCCUUUCGAGUGCCCAGCACACCCUUGGGAAGGCUACCACACUCCACUAGGCUAUCUUGUUGCAGAUCCCAGUGCUGCCACAGGGACACUGCCAGGAACUGCCAAACAGGAGGACCUCACCCGCACCCACUGCAAACAAAAGCACCCACCCACCCUCCAGAGUUCCAGUCACACGGUCACCUGUAUUCUACCUCACACUCCAGCGUGGGCUUUUCCAGGAUGUGCUCCAAGUGUGUUCUGAAUGGCUGUCUCCCCAACUCCCACACAAUGUAUCUAUCUGCAUCAGACCGAGAGUCUUGGCCCUACAAACCAGCAGCUUGCCAUUGCCUGGCUCUUAGAGAUCUUGGAAGGAUGCAGUGCCAGGAGCUGGUCAAGGACCCAGGUCUGAUGAGCACAGGCCUCAGCCCCAGAUAACCUGCUAGAAGGGCCACUUCUUCAUGGCCAGCUCUGUCAGGCACCUGUGUGCCCCAGGGUGGACUGUGCUUCCACCCUCACCUCAUGGUGGGAGUAAAGGGGAGUAAAGGGAGUAAUUGGUGCAAGUGUGUUUGGGGGGGUACUUGUGUUCUCCUAGGACCAGACUUUCUUGUGGAAAGGCCUGUCCUCUAAGAAACCCAAGUCCCUGGAGUGUGACAAGGGACAAGAAAAAGCUGACCUGGUUUCCUUCCUUCCUGAUAGGCACUUCCUCUUGCUCUGUGCAAUACCUACCAGUGCUGCUAAAACCAGGGAUUCACCCAGACCUCAGCAGGCCAGGGGGCCUCUCCCUCAACACUCUGUAGCCAUGACAGCAGCACUCUGCUGCCUGCCCCUGCCCAGAGCUGGCAGAAGCCCUUUUGCCUUUCCUCCCUCAGAGCAAGGAGGCCUCAGGGGAGCUAGGGCUGAGUGGACACUAGGACAGCCACAAAAAGCCACCUUCGAUCCCAGAGCAGGUGUCCCUUCCCAGACAGGUGGGCAGGCAGCGCAGCGCAGAUUCAGGGCUGCCAGGCAGGGCUCUUCACCCUGCACAUGUCCUCCCUGGGGUUAAAUGUGGUCUUUUAGAUGGCCUCCAAUGCCUACCCAGUCACACCACCUCUGCCUUCAUGUGCCCGCUCACCAGGCCUCUGGACUGGGCCAGGACACCUGAGCCCCCUUCGUACAGCACAAGCUCCAGUGCCCAGGGCCUCCCCACAGCUGGCCAACCAUGUGCCCGGUUCCCCACCUGCUCAGUAAGACUCCUGGAUGUUUGAAUUUGUGUAAAUAUUUAUUUUUGUGUGUGAAUACUACAAAGUAAUCAGAUCUUUUGCAAAAUGUUACCCCAGCAAUUUGUGAAAAUAUUAAUGUUAAAAAUUGGCAGAGACAAUCGCCGCCCUAGAAUUUCUGGUAUCAAUUGCUUACCGUGUUGUUUCUGCCCCCAGAGGCAGUACCCCAGCUAGACACAAAUGGUUUGCAUUUCUGGAAGACGAGAGAAGAGACUAGGCAGGGACUCCUCCCUCCACCCCCGUGGGACACAUCUGUAAGAGUGAGCAUGAUCUACAUCUUAAGUGGUGUUUCCUAAGUGCAAGCAGUCUUUAUCAGUCACCAUAGCUACUGUCUGGAGCAGCCACCAGCAGCCUGCUCCCAGAGUAUGGUAUAAGCAUAGGUUCUACAUGUUUUCAAGAGAAGCAGAACCAGUGCCAGUGCUGAUGGCUUCCAGAGGGACUGCAGGACAGUGGAUGCUGUCAUGCUGACCUGGACUUCCUCCCAGAGAAGCUGUCCCGAAAGCCUCAGAGACAGCCCUAUCAGGAGCAAGUUAAUAUGGACAGAGGAUUCUAUUACCUGGUUCAGUCAGGGGACUUGUUCUGUUUUACUUUUGUUUUAAAAGAUGCAGCUUCAAGCCUUCCCCUUGACUUGGGCCUGCCUUUUCCCGGGAGAGCUCCCCAAAGCCCUGCCCUAUAGCCACUUGAGGCUGAUGGAAGGUUUAGGGCACAAAGUGGAAAUGCAGUGUAGGAUACACCAGUGCCAGAGUCCUUGCAGGGCAGAUCCUGCAGGUGUCAAGAGAAGUGGUGGAUGACCCGCUAGAGCAGUGAUGGCGUACAUGGCCUUUUCUCGCACCACUCAACAAAUACAGUUUAUUCCCAAGGAUGGUGUUGGGGAGGGGCGGGCAAGCAGGGCGAGGAGGGUCUUAAGAGGACUUGGAACAGAUGGAACCCAUCUGUCCUUCCCUAUUCUCAAGGGCCACAUAUGACUCCACAGGUGGUUAUAGGAUUAACUACCAGUUCAUUCUCAAAAUGCUGCUUUGAUCUCAGAGGGUUGAUACUUUUAAUUUGUAAUUUUUUGUAAAACUUUUUACAAGAUAGUAAAGUAUUUCAUCAGAAUACCAGUUUCAAUCCGUCCGUGGUCUGAUUUUUAUAUAAUUUAGUGGUGCUUUAGAAACUUUGUUUUGUUGUUUCUGAGCUCAACAGCUCAAUCCUCUCUUGCCUGUAUCUACCUAAGACCAAUGUGAACCUUUGUAUUUUGCUCCUAAUUUUGGACUCAGUGGAAGUGUACUGUUUACAUGUACAGAUGCCCCAUCCCUGUGUGUUCUGCAAGACGCGUGCUCGAGGAGGAAGAUGCACCUCACUAGCUCAUCUGCUUAGCAAAGCCACAAAGCAAAACCUCUCACUUUGUACCCGUUUCCACCUAAAAACAAAACCCUACACCACCUUGAACUCAGACUUGCCAACACACGCUGCCUGGUGGACGCCCUGUGCCUCUAUCAUGUGUUCACUUAGGAGAGGAAUCAAGAUAGCACCUUCUAUCCGCUGGGUAUGAGCUAGCACACAGAGGAGACAGCAAGGCAGGACUUCACUGACCAGCUCUGGGAGGAAGUUCUUUGGGCAGCAGGCAAUAGAAGAAGAAAAGAGGACUCAUGGGUCUUCGGGAGCAAGCCAGGCAGGAUUUAGGGACAACACAAGAAGUCAUCAAUCUGCUGGCAUAACUGAGAUGCGUGUUGGAAGAGCAUAAAUUCCAUAUCAGGUGAGACUGUGACUUUCAGUGCAGAUGGUACAAGCACUUCUUCAGGGUUCCCAUCACCUCUGGGGAGGGUCAGGGGCUCCAGACAGUAAGCAUAAGGCACUUACCGCAAGCAGUGGAUGGCACCAACUUUUAAAGGUGACUUUAUUAAUCAAUGGUUUCACCGCUAAAUUAUAUUUUUACAGAUAUGCACCUAUGCAACUUAAUGUGGCUCUUCUAAGCAGGUGAGGACCUCCUCCUCAAUGCUCUAUAAAGUGUUUGUGUUCUGUAGAGUUCCCAGUAAAUGUGGCUUAAUACUUUAAUUCUUAGGAUGUGUCUUUCUACGUGAUGCGGCUACUAAAUUCUGUUUUGUUUGUGGAAUGACUAGCACAGGCCGAUGCCCUCUUUCCCUCACUUACCAGAAGACCAAUGAGCUGUUAAUGAGCGGUUAUCUCCAUGGUAUUACUGCUAAAUGCACUGAUGUCAUAAGUAUGUGGAACCCUUUUCCUUUUGAAACUGUGUAUCAUAUACCAGACUGAAUCUACUUAAUAAACACUGAACAACAAACCCAAAGCUGAGCUUUGCCU